GUUAAGGACUUUUAUUGUAAAGUAAACGGUUGCUGUAUUCUGGAGCUGCGCAGUGUGAGCAGUUACAGCUGCUGUUUACGGGUUUUAGAUUGAGGAUUGUGUUUAACGGCAGCAGGAUGGUCUGUGAUAAAUGUGAGAAGAAGCUUGGUAAGGUUAUCACUCCAGAUACCUGGAAGGAUGGUGCACGAAAUACAACAGAGAGUGGUGGACGGAAACUUAAUGAAAAUAAAAUGCUGACCUCAAAAAAAGCCAGGUUUGAUCCCUAUGGAAAGUCUGGUUUCGCCACCUGCAGAAUAUGUAAAAGCUCUGUCCACCAGGCUGGAUCUCAUUACUGCCAGGGAUGUGCUUACAAGAAAGGGAUCUGUGCCAUGUGCGGGAAGAAGGUUCUGGACACCAAGAACUACAAACAGACCUCAGUGUGAUUGGAAUUCUGUUUCAUAGACAGACAGUUCAUAAUGUUGGGAGAGGUGAGGGAGGGAAUUAUAGCAGUGAUUAAGAUUUUUUAACUCAGAACUUCUAUUCGCUACCUAUUCUCAGUUUGUUAAAUUAGUGAAGUAAGAGGAGUUCACCGGUUGGUGGUGUUAAAUGUGUGAUAGCAUAUUGGUGCAGUAGUUAAUAGCUGUAUCAGUGCUGAUAUCCCUCCCUCUGUAGAACACUUUAAAGCAAUAUAUGGGCUUGCACUGUUUAAAUGAAUUUAGAUGCCUUCCACGAGUGAAGUGGUGGAGUAUUUGUUUUGUGUGCCACUUAUUAAAUAUUUUAAAUGUAAAAAAACAUCUAUUUUGACCUCCCUCUUACUUCUCUUUCUUUGUAAAUACACCAUGUUGCCAGGCAAGACCUUCUAGACUGUUCAGUAGUGGAUGUUCUUUGCUAAAACUGGUAUCUUGAUUUUUGCUGACAAGGCCAAGUCCAAUCUGAGGUCUCAAAAUGACAUUUAAAUACCAUCCGUUCCCCGAGGCGGUUCUUUCUUCUUCAUUCAGGACUCACAGGGCAUUUUCUCUCUCUGUUCUGUUUUCUGUUGUAAGUAUCAUUGCAUAAUAAGUGAAUGGAAUAAACAGUUAUGUAAGUAAUGUGAGCAAAAUGUUUUAUGGACUGUUUAUUGUGUAGUUUCAGUUAUCAUAUUAAAAACACCUGAUUUUUAAAUAUUAUUAUAAUUCAUUACUUCUGUAAACCUGUAUGAUUUUGUGCUUUUCAUCAUGUUAUGCUUGUAUAUGUUUUUUUUGGGUUGUUUAUUUUUGACAAAAUAAAAUGAUGGAGCAAACCA